GUAUUUGCUCAUUAACAGGCCUGCCGCGGUUUACAGUUGUGGCUGGUUGUUUGUGCUAAUGUAAUAUACAAAUAUUAAUCGCUGUCAGUAACAGCUACGAGUUAUAGGAGCACUGGCGCAAACGAUUUGAAAAUGCAUGUUGAUUGCAGACUGUAAGCAAAACGCACCCCCAGAUAAGCUGUUUUAAAACAGUUUUUUGUUUUGUUAGAAUAGAUUAUUAAAGACGGUGUUAUGCCGGCUAUGGUCAAUGCCUGUUUCCAGUGUCUUCUACUGCCAUGUAAUUCAUACAACGGGUCUGUUGCAAUGUGAAACAGCUACUACACCCUAAGACCACUUGCAUAAAUCUAAACAUGCUCGUAAACAAGACGCCUCCCUCGUGUCAACAACGCUUGGUUACAUGAAAGGGAAAACCUUAACUUGAAUAAAAAGUUAAUGCAUAUUUGAGAAAUAUGCUGCAGGUGAUGUGUGGUCCGGCCCAGUAAAUAUAUCAUUAUUAAAGAAAGUCAGCUUUAUUGUAUAAUUUCUCCUAGAAAUAUUAUUAUAAACUCAUAAUGAUUUGACAUAAACUAGACAAACGUAUUAUUAAAAAUAUUACAUGAAUAUGACUAUAUGAUUAAAUGACACAAUUCUCAUGCUUUGAACAUUUUAAACUAACGUGAAUAUUGUAGCAGAGGAUAAUGCUGGAGUUUAGUAUGCACGCUGUUAUGUGUACUGCCCCUUUAAGUAUAGCAGUUAUGGGCUCAUAACUCCUAAGUAUGUGACAUGCCGUGUCUGAGUGUGUAGGCUUCAUUCACAUGCAUGUUUGCUCAGGGACUCGGAGACCCGUUAUCCCAACCAUUCUCCAUAAUUCCCUGCAGCACAUGCUGAGAUAAGCCCUGUGAGCUGAUGGUUUUAGGGGACAUUGAAGUCAAGAAAAGAAAUACACAAUUGUGUAUUUGAAGCCAUUUCAUCCAAAACUGUUUAAGCUGUGUUUUGUCUUCCUAUUAUAUUGAUCUUCUCCAGUCACCUGCACAAUGUCAGAUAGGAUUUUUUAUUUCUUUAUCUUUUGAAGACCCUAACGCUUUUCCCUCUAUUUCAGUAAAAGAGAGCUAAAAAACUCCCAGAAACUACAAAGAUGCACUGGCCCAUAAAUACACUCCCCAUGCCUCUGUACGUGGAGCUGGGUGUCCAUUCACUGAGUGGCCUUCUCUGGACUGUGCUGCUUCUGUUUCUGUGGCACUGCUAUCGCAUGGGCUCCGAUCUGCCCAUCCCUGGCCACGCACAUGCUGGAAAGAUGAAAUCGGGCUCCAGGCGUUCCAUGAUCUCCCGUGGAGGAAGUUGUGCUGGAACAAAGUGUAAUGCACGCCACAAGCUGUCAAGAAGUGAUCAAAUGACUUCCUUUAUCCCCAUGGAGGCAGAGGAGGACGAGGAGCAAGGAAGGAAUUACCUCACCCCCGUGCUGAGUCGUGCCUUGUUUCCAGCUCAGGCAUCUGCAGAAGCCAAAAAACUCUACACAGCACUGCAAGAGUAUGCCAAGCGCUACAGUUGGGCCGGCAUGGGCCGCAUCCAUAAGGGUCUCCGCGAGCAGGCCAGACUAAACGAUCAGUCUGCAAUACAAAAGCCUCAUCUCUUCUUCCUGCCAGAUGUCCCAAGUGUUCCUUUUUUCCCACGUGAUGCUCAUCGACAUGACAUCGAGGUUCUGGAAGCCAACUACCCUGUGAUAUUGGCUGAAUUCCAGGCUGUCUACCAGCGGGGCAUUGAUUCAAAACUAGGCUGGACCUGCCUGGGCCCUAAGGGCCAGACAGUGUUUCCCUUGUACAGUGCAGGCAUUUGUGUGGCGGGAAACUGUCGCUCCUGUCCCUGCACCUAUCGCACACUUCUGUCCCUUCGCACCUUUAUCAACAGCAACUCACUGGGAUCUGCUGGGUUUUGGCUGCUGGGACCUGGAGCUGUGCUGGGCAGUUCUUAUGGACCCACCAACACCAGGCUCCGCUGUCAUCUAGGUCUACAGACUCCGGCCCUGUGUGAGCUGGUGGUGGGUGGGGAGCCUCAGUGCUGGUCAGAGGGACACUGCCUUCUGGUCGAUGACUCUUUUCUCCACACUGUCUCUCACAAAGGUCCUGCAGAUGCAGGACCUCGCGUCAUUCUGAGCGUUGACCUUUGGCAUCCAAACGUGGCUGCAGCAGAAAGACAAGCUCUGGACUUCAUGUUCACCCCUGACCUCUGAACGCCCCUUCGACAUCUCCAAUAUAAACCACCUCCGAGGAUGCCUUACUUCAGCUCCGCCUGUCGUGGAUCAUGCGUUCAAUUCCGAUUAAUGGAUCACUGUGUAAAUUAUAAAAAGCCAUCAGCCGUGCUAUCUGACGGUGCUGCAUCUAAGGCCUGCACCGAGAAGCUUCACUUGAAUAUAUUAUCACGGAUGAAACCCAAUGAGGUCAAAGGUGUGAAGAAAUGGCUGCUAACUGUGAGCGAUAACAUUUGAAAGCACAAAGACAUGAAACCUAAGAAGAGCAGAGUUGGUGGUAAAUAUUCCAGAGUCACAGAAACAUCACAAUUAUACUACGUACUAUGUAAUGGAAUGCCUUUUGCAUGAAAAAUAUGACUUGUGUCUACAGGAUGUACUUUUUGAGAUGCUAAUGCAUGUGCUAAUAUG